CGUAUUUGCGUCCGCAGGCGGAGCGGGGCGGACCCGAGGGGCCGCGGCUCUGGGCGCCGCACAUGCAGGUCAACCCGCAGCCCAUCGCAACCCGGGGUUUCCAGCACCGCCGGUCCGAGGCGGGGACAGGGUGCAUGGGCGUGUUUCAGGGGGUCGGCCGUAAACUGGGAGACGAGAUGGCUCAGAAAUGGGCUCCCAAGACGCCGAUGCCGCAGGGGACAGUGCGGAGCGACCCAGGCGGCGUGGGGUAGAGGGAGCGCGACCCGGGCGCUGCACGCCGAGCACUUCCUGUUCAACGCGCGCCGCCUCCCACCGCCCGCGCUCCCCCAGCCUGCGUCGGUGCCAGGCCCAGCCUCCGUCCCCUCGCGGUCCCUGGGGAUCGUGCCGCAGCAGUGGGCGAGGAGCGGGCGCCCUGCCCUCCUCGCCCGGCGGGGCUCGAGACGCGCCCUCCCGGCUGCAGGGCCCCACGGGCCGCCUCCAGAACUUUGCGUGCAGCCGAGCAUUAGCCCAAUUGCGAAGAGUGUUCGCCUUUGCACCUCCUCUUCCCCCGCCUGCCCUCCCUCUUGCCCAGAAAGGAGGACGGACCUAGUUUCAGGCUCCGGGCUGGUUAAUUCUGCGGCCGAGGGUUGUAUUUACAUGCAAACGCCUCGCUCUCCCAGGCUCUGCAGCCAGGCACAGGCGUAGAAGGCUGUUUUCCAAAUUACUGGCUCUAAUUGCACCUGCCUUCCAGUACCUCUGGGAAUCUGUGGGAGGAGCCUGGAAGGUGGGAAAUGUUGCCUCGCUUUGCAAAAGGAAGAAAACUUUGUCACCCAGCAGGAGCCCUCUGCCACGCUUAACCCGGCGAGAGAGCAGAACCCGGACAGGCUCAGGCUUUGCUCUGGCACCCCAAGAUUCUCUGGGAGAAAGACACUCGAACUCAGCGCUCACCGCCAACUGCCAGCCCCUCCCGGGCGGCGGCGCGAGUUACCUGCUCCACCCUCCCUCCGCGCGGAAGUCCCCACGAGGUGUCUUUGGACUGGAAGAGCGAUAAUAAAGCGCGCGCGGCUGGGGUCCGAACGCAGCGGCCGAGGGAGGGAGGAGGGGACCGAGUCCCAGGGACGAGUCACCGGAGUUAACUUCUGGUUAAAGUUAUGGGAAGCGCGGCCAUGGACGUCAAGAAGAAGAAAGACGUUCCUAGCCCCGGCGGGAGCGGCGGCAAGAAGAGUCUGAACCAGAAGAGGCGCUCGCUGCGAGUGCACAUUCCGGACCUGAGCUCCUUCGCCAUGCCACUCCUGGACGGAGACCUGGAGAGCUCGGACAAGCAUUCUUCUCGGAAGGUGGACAGCCCGUCCAGCACGGGAAGCCCCUCCAGAGGGCUCUUCUCCAGAGCCCCACAGGCCCGGCCCUCCAGCCCCGUGUCGGCCCCAGUGAGGCCCAAGACCAGCCCUGGCUCCCCCAGGACCGUGUUCCCAUUCUCCUACCAGGAGUCCCCUCCACGCUCGCCACGCCGCAUGAGCUUCAGUGGGAUCUUCCGCUCCUCGUCCAAAGAGUCUUCCCCCAGCUCCAACCCGUCUACCUCGCCCGGGGGCAUCAGGUUCUUCUCCCGCUCCAGAAAAACCUCCGGCCUCUCCUCCUCCCCGUCCACGCCCACCCAGGUGACCAAGCAGCACACCUUUCCCCUCGAGUCCUACAAGCAUGAGCCGGAGCGGCUGGGGGACCGCGUCUACGCCUCCUCCCCACCGCCGGACACAGGCCAGAGGUUCUGCCUGCCCUCCUUCCAGAGCCCGGCCAGGCCUCCACCCGUGUCGCCAACGCACUACGCUCCCUCCAGGACCGACCGGGCACUGAUCGGCUAUCCUAUGGCUGCCUAA